AUGCACGGCAACACGCAGUCGACGGGCAGCGGCAUCAAGACGCGCAAGUUUGGCGACAUUUUCGAGGAGCUGCAGCAGACGCUGCAGAUCCACAAGGAGCAGGGCAGCUUCCUCGGAGGCGUGCAUCUCGAGCUCACAGGCGAUGCCGUCACUGAGUGCCUCGGCGGCAGCGAGAACCUCGACGAGGACGAUCUGUCGACCAACUACACGAGCUUCUGCGACCCGCGACUGAACGAGAAGCAGGCGCUGGAGCUGGCUUUCUUGAUUGCGGAUCACUACCGCAAGGAGAGGCGGCCCUCCGCUACAUUGUAA